AUGAGCGGUCACGUCAACGGCCAGACGAAUGGGUCUCUCAAUGGCAAGAAGAUGAACGGCACGACUGGUGUCAGCAGUGGCAUUAAUGGUGGUAUUAAUGGCCACAGCAUCGCGCCCAGACGUAAAACACCGCCUACAAAGCCAAGACGCAGCUUUUUGGGUCGGCUUUUCAGCAUCGCCGCCCGCUUAUCCAUAUGGUACUCCAUCCUCACCAUUCUGUUCCGGUGUCCAGCAACUUUGGAUGCUUGCACUGAGGGCGUGCCCAAGAUUUGCAAACCAUACUUCCAGACCAAGCAGGUCGUGUCACCGCAUCUGACUCCGUACUAUGAUGCCUAUGCUGCCCCUUACGUGGAUCUCGCCAGACCGUAUUACGACACUGUUGACCGCGUCGUGAUUGCACCUUCUCGCACGUAUGCGGUCAAAUAUGGUGGCCCCCAGCUUCAAAAGGCGCGCGAGCUUGGUACCAUACAAUGGGAAACAAACGUCCAACCCCAACUCGUCAAGUAUCAAGGUCUCGCAAAAACCCAGUACGAUCAGGUCGUUGCUCCGCAUGUCAGCAAGGCUUCUGAUGCAAUUACACCAUACUAUGACAUUGCCAAGACAAAUGCGCUCCAGACAUACCACGACGUUGUCCUCCCUUCCUAUCUGUUCGUGCAGCCAUACGCUCUACAAGGGUACAACCGUGCCUCAUCUUUCACCACUAGCACUGCCGUUCCCUCAGCUCUGUGGGCCUGGAACAAGACCUACGUGUUUCUGGACUCUACUGUUUGGCCCCAUGUUAGAGACGUCUAUGCCGUCAAAGUCGAACCUCAACUGCUUCGUAUCGUGGACCGUCUCGGUCGUUACAAGGAUAUCAAGCCCAAGGCUGGAGCCAUCGAAGACGCUUAUUCUGCCGCCAUUCAGGCUGCCAAAUCGACCUUCACCAAGCCCUCUGCCUCGAUUACGUCGACCGCCGUAUCCGCCGACACUACUAUCCAACCCGAGCCUACUCAGUCCUCAACAGUAGCCGAGCCAGAACCCGAAGCUUCGUCUGCCACAGCCGAGGCCAGCGUUGAAGAGACACCCGUCACUCUCUCAAAGCAAGAAAUCAAGGACAAGGCCGCCAAGGAAGUGGCUGAUGAUCUUGAACUCUGGCAGGGCAAGUUCACCAAGGCCGCAGACGAGGGCGCUGCUGAGAUCGAGGAACGUAUCGAGGCUCUUGCCGACGAAAUCAUUCAAGAAGAGGCCUUGGGCAAAGGGUUGCCUCUUGUAGCUGAGCUGAACACUACUGUCACUGCUGAGAUUGCCGAACUCAAGACGACUAUUUUGUCAAUUUUGGAGCAGCACAAGGACAAUGGAGACCCAGACCAGUUUGAACAAGAAGUGGUCGCGGCAGUGAGAAGCGCUGGGCUAAAAAUUAAGGAUAAUGCUCAAAAGAUUCGCACAUGGCGCGAGAACUAUGAGCAGCAGAUUGAGGUUGCCGUGACCCAGGCCGCGCAAGACCACGUCCACAUCCUUGAGAGUAUUCGCGACUUGGCUCUGCAGAGGAUCGGCAUGAAGUGGGCAUGGAUGGAUGGUGUCACAUACAAGCAUUGGCAAAAGUUCCAUGAGCUCCGUGCGAAAUUCGACGAGUGGGUUGAAGAUUUGAAGCAGCUUGUCAUCACUCACCCGGGCCUGAAGGACGCCCAAAAUGCUGGCAACGACGUUGAAAGUCAGGGCAUGGCCAUCGCCGCAGAGGCAGCUCAGCAACUCGCUGGCUUGAAGCAGGUUGCUGCCUGGAAAGCCCUUGCUGGUGACUACACCGACGACUUUGAUGCCUCGUCCAUGAAGCUGGCCGCUGAAGCUGUUCAGAGAAAAGCCGCCGAAGCUGCGCAGGCGCUCAAGGAUGCUGCAGCCGGUGUCCAGGAUGCCGUCCAUUCCAUUGCCAAUGACAUUGGCGAGAGCGUCGAGGCUGCCGGCGAGUCCCUAAAGGGUGACGCUGCGGACGUGGUUUCUCAGAGUACAUCUACCACGACUCUGUCGGUAGACGAGACAGUGACUGCUACGAUAUCUCUGUCCGAGGUAGAAGAUGUUGAGACCUCUGCCGUGCCACCCCUGGAGAGUCUGGUCGAGGAGCCCACGCAUGCUGCUACAGAUGUGGCAUUUGAGUCGGAAGAGGCUCAAAAGCCCAUCGCCAAGGAUAAUACCGAAACCGCAGCAGCACCAAUCGAGCCAUUGCCGUCGUCCGAUCCCGUGGACGGGCCGGAGCAGAUUGAGGAAACCAUCGUUGCCUCCCCGGAAGAGCCUACACCUCCCCCUGCUUCGUCUACAACCAGCAUCAAGUCGGCCCUUUUUGGAGCUGCUGCUCAGUCUGUACCCACGCGUCAACCUAUUCUGGACAUUGAUACCGAUGAUAUUGGCUCUUCCAUCUCCAGUGCUGCUUCCAAGGUCCAGUCUGAUAUUCCUCACAGCAUCACAUCUGCUGCUCAAUCUGCCUACACUGCCGCCAUUGCAGAGGCUGCCAACCAGUAUUCUCGCGCCAUGUCUGCUGUCUCGGUCCAGAUUAGUGGUGAACCCAAGCCGGUGCACGAAGAGCUCUUCACCUCGGCAUCGAGUGCGUACUUUGGCGCCCUUGGCGUGGCCAAUUCUCGACUCAAUGAGGCGCUGACUGCAGCGUCCGAGGGAGUUUACGGAACACCGACCACCAACUGGGUGCCUGAACUGCCCACAGUCCCCAGUGUCGAUUGGGAGCGCGUCCAGUCGAUUGCGCAGCAAAACCUUCAAGACUCGGUUAACUGGGCAGGCGAGCAGUAUGAAAGCGCAAAGGUCGCCAUCGGCCUUGCCGAGCCCACACCGAGCACAGCUGCCGAGCGUGGCCAAAAGAUGUUGGAUCAGGCAAAGCACAACUAUUAUGCCGGUCUCGGUGUUGCUCACGCCCGCUACUCAGAGUUCCUGGCUGGUGCAUCUUCUGCCGUGAGCUCUUUGACCGCCACGCCGACACCCACCAAUCUCCAGGAAUCAGCUCACUCUAUUGCCUCUGUGGCCUCCGAGUCUGCCGGCUCCGUCGUUUCCGCUGCAGGCGAUUCCGCUUCAUCAGCUGCCGCCGCUGCCAAUGACGCUGCUGCAUCGGUGGUUUCUUCGGUCAGUGACGCUGUUUCUGAUGCAGGAGAUUCGAUUGCGGAGAACUGGGACUACCUCCUCAGCCAGGUUAGCUCUCAAGUUUACGGAGCUCCCACACCAACUCCAUGGUACGAGGAUGUCUACGCUGCUGCUGGUGAUUACGCAUCCCAGGCGGGCGAGUAUGCUGCGUCGGCCACCGACUUGGCCGCCGACUAUGCUUCUCAGGCUGGAGAGUAUGCUGCGUCUGCCACUGAUGCCGCUGCAGAUUAUGCAUCCUCUGCUGGGGAGUUUGCCGCGGACUCGGCGGCAUCAGCCUCCUCAGCAGCCGCGGCGCAGUAUUCCGUUGUCGCCUCCAUCGUCUCUGAACUUGUCGUCGGGAAGGAGCCAACGUUUUCAGAGUCUGUCUACUCUCGCCUGGCAGAUGUAUAUGGCGUCGUGAGUUCCACGGCUGUCAGCGUUGCUAGUGAAGUCACAGACUCUGCCGCCUCGGCAGCUCAUGCCGCCGCCGAGACUUUCUCCGCUGCGACAGAAAACAUCAAGGAGCAUGUUGAGAACCUUCGUGACGAGCUGUAA